CACCAACCAUGUAAAUAGGAACAUCUUGUCCUUCCGUUUACAAACUGGAUAUAGGCUAGCGUUUCUUGUCUUCAUUAAGAUCAAUAUUUAUUCCAUAUUCACAUUUAAAAAGUUAUGCUUCGUCUUUUAAGACACAAAAGCAGUGGAGCACAGUGCUGGCUAUGUGGUCAUUCAAGAUCCCACCACCAGAAGAGUGUGUUAGCCAUCAGGAGAGAGGAUAUCAAUGUCUGGGAAAGACGAGCUCCUCUGGCACCAAAGCACAUCAGAGAGAUAACAAACGCAGGGUAUAAAGUCCUGGUGCAGCCCUCUAAUAGAAGAGCAAUUCACGAAAAGUAUUAUACUAAAGCUGGUGCUAUUAUCCAAGAAGACAUUUCAGAAGCGACUUUGAUCAUUGGGGUAAAGAGGCCACCGGAGGAAAAACUUAUUCCAAGGAAGACCUAUGCCUUCUUCUCUCACACCAUCAAGGCUCAAGAGGCGAACAUGGGGCUUUUGGAUGAUAUUCUGAAAAAGGAAGUUUGCCUCAUUGAUUAUGAGAAAAUGGUUGAUCAAAAUGGACUAAGAAUAGUGGCCUUUGGACAGUGGGCUGGCGUAGCAGGAAUGAUUAAUAUUUUGCACGGACUGGGAUUACGCUUCCUUGCUUUGGGACAUCACACUCCUUUUAUGCACAUCGGCAUGUCUCAUAAUUAUAGAAACAGCAGCCAGGCCGUGCAGGCUGUGAGAGAUGCUGGCUAUGAAAUUUCACUGGGUUUAAUGCCCAAAUCCAUUGGACCCCUCACCUUUGUUUUCACAGGCACAGGAAAUGUCUCCAAGGGUGCUCAAGAAAUAAUCACUGAGCUUCCGUGUGAAUUUGUCGAGCCUCAUGAUCUCCAAGAAGUCUCUAAAUCUGGAGAUUUAAAUAAAGUGUAUGUGACGGUUCUUAGUCGGCAUCAUCAUCUGGUACGGAAAAGUGAUGGAAAAUAUGACGCUGUGGAAUAUGAACGUCAUCCUGAACUCUACACAUCCCGCUUCAACGUUGAUAUUGCCCCUUACACUACUUGCUUGAUCAAUGGAAUUUACUGGGACCCACACACUCCUCGCCUGCUGAACCGGAGAGAUGCUCAGAGACUGUUAAGACCAGUUGAACCAUCUGAAAAGUCCACUGAAGGCUGUCCAGAAUUGCCACAUAGAUUUCUGGCAAUAUGUGAUAUUUCUGCAGACAAUGGAGGUUCGAUUGAAUUCAUGACAGAGUGCACUACUAUUGAUAAACCUUUCUGUAUGUAUGAUGCCGAUCAGCACAUUGAUCAUGAGAGUGUGGAGGGAAAUGGUAUUCUUAUGUGCUCUAUUGAUAACUUGCCAGCCCAGCUCCCUAUAGAAGCAACUGAGUACUUUGGAGACCUACUUUUACCUUACAUUUGGGAGAUGCUUUCAUCAGAUGCCACUAUUCCUUUUGAAAAGCAAGAAAAUUUCUCCCCUCAAGUGCGAGAUGCUGUGAUUGCAUCUAAUGGAAAGCUGAAUCCUAAGUUUGAAUACAUUCAAAAACUCCGGGAGAGCAGGGAACGUGCUCAAAUCUUAAAAAUAAGUGGUAAAAAACGAGUGUUGUUGCUGGGAUCUGGAUAUGUGUCUGGGCCAGUCAUUGAGUACCUUACUAGAGAUGCAGGUACCCAGAUAACAGUAGCAUCUGUGGUGUUAAAUCAAGCUGAACAGCUGGCAAACAAGUAUCGUAACACCAUCCCUGUGAUGAUGGACAUUUCUACUCAAGAGGAGAGGCUUAGCUCCCUGGUUCAAGAUCAUGACCUGGUCAUCAGUUUGCUGCCUUAUGCGUUCCAUCCUGUUGUGGCAAAACAUUGUAUUAGCAACAAAGUGAACAUGCUUACUGCCAGCUACCUCUCGCCUGCUAUGAAAGAACUCCAAAAAAGUGCAGAAGAAGCUGGAAUAACCAUUGUCAAUGAAAUGGGUCUAGAUCCUGGCAUUGAUCAUAUGUUGGCAAUGGAGUGCAUUGAUCAGGCAAAAGCAGAUGAGGCUACUGUGCAAUCCUAUGUGUCAUUCUGUGGAGGUCUCCCUGCCCCAGAAUGCUCUGACAACCCUCUACGAUACAAGUUCAGCUGGAGUCCAUAUGGAGUUCUCUUAAACACCAUCAGUCCUGCGAUCUUUUUAAAGGACGGCACGGUGGUCGAUAUCCCUCCCGGGGGAGCUCUACUUGAUUGUGUCGCUUCCAUGGAUUUCUUGCCAGGCUUUAAUCUGGAAGGUUUUCCAAACAGGGACAGCACAAAAUAUGCUGAGCCUUAUGGCAUUCAGUCUGCUCAUACAUUGUUAAGGGGUACCUUAAGGUUUAAGGGAUUCUCCACUGCCAUGAGUGGGUUUGUCAAGUUAGGUCUGAUAAACACAGAGCCCUGUCCAAUGCUUGCUGCUGGGGCUGCACCAGUGACCUGGAAGGAACUCCUGUGUCAUCUUGUUGGAGUUUCAGCAUCAGCCAGCAUGGAUAUAUUCAAAGAUGGUGUGUAUAACAGGAUUGGAAAAGAUGACUACAGAAUGCAGACCCUGAAUUGGUUUGGCAUGUUUAGUGAAGAGCCAGUGCCAAAGGCAGAUACCAUUUUGAGUGCAGUAGCAAAACACCUUGAAGCUAAACUUUCAUUCAAAAAGGAAGAGCGAGAUAUGGUAAUCCUGAGAAAUGAUGUUGGAAUAAGACACUUGACUGGCGAGUUGGAAUCAAAACACAUCAGCUUAGUGGUAUAUGGUGAUCCUAAUGGUUUCUCUGCAAUGGCAAAAUGUGUUGGCUAUCCUACUGCUAUUACUGCCAAGAUGCUGUUGGAUGGAGAAAUUAAAGCCAAGGGACUGGUUAUGCCACUAACGAAGAAUAUAUAUGGGCCAGUGUUACAUCGUCUCAAGUCAGAGGGUCUAAAUUACACAACAAAAAGCACCUUUCAUGACUAAACCAAGUGUGUUUCUAUUAUCUGUGUGAGUUUGGUGGGGAAAAAGGCACUUGGAGUGAGAAUAAAAAUGCAGACAACUCCUGUCGUAAUUACUUUAGACUGGAGUCAGAACGGUUUUAUUUGUGGAGUGUACAAAACAUUUUAAUCAACAAAAAAUAUAGGUUGUUGUACAAAUGAAAAAGGGAAUUGCAAACCAUGAAAUACCUCAUUAUUCCAACCUGUGUCCAUAGCAGACAUGUAUUCAAUAUCCAAUUACAGUAUAAAAGCAGAAACGUCCUGAUUCUUUACUUUUCUUUAACUUUGACAUUGACUCACAGAACAUAGUUUCUGAUAUUUUAAAAGGUAUCCUUGAAACUCAAAUUCUGUAACAGCAUUCCUUUGGUUUUAACCCUAAAGUUACACUUUAAAGUAUUGAAAUUUAAUAUUCUGCCCAUGAAAUUGAAAUUGAUAUGUGUAACACACAUGCAUUGCUACAAGGAUGAUUUCAGAAUGUUUUUGAAGUGCCGUAUUUUAUGACAUGUUGAACUGUAAUAUAAAAAUGACACAUGAUAACCAA